AUGUGGGACCCAAAAGGCUGUGAACUCGUAGGAAAGUGCAUUAAUUCACGAGUUCCAGCUAUGAAAUGUAAAAAUAAAAAAUGA